AUGAUUGAUAAGGCUGCAAUUAACCAGAGAUUUGGGUUUCAUCCAAAGUGUUCAAACAUCAGCUUAACACAUCUUUGUUUUGCUGAUGAUCUUAUGGUUUUUUCUGAUGGAACAAUGAGACUGAUUGAAGGCAUUGUUGGAGUCUUUGAUGAUUUCUUGAGAAUGUCGGGUUUAAAGAUAAGUGUGGAGAAGUCAAUGGUCUAUCUAGCUGGUGUUUUGGACACGCCAAGAGCAAGUAUAUCCCAGCGGUUGGCUUUUGAAUUUGGAUCAUUACCGGUGUGGUAUCUUGGUAUACCUCUGUUAACAAAGAAAUUGCAGACACUUGAUUAUGAACCACUCAUCGACAGAAUCAGGGGCAGAGUUAGCUCAUGUAAAGCUCAGGCAUUAUCCUUUUCAGGAAGAUUACAGCUCCUCUCAUCGGUUAUUAAAUAG